UCGCCGGCCCUGCCGGUGGUGGGGCCCGCCAUGGGGCUGUGCCUGCCCUGCAUGGGGGGCGCCGUCAAGGACGUGGUGGAGACGCCCGACCCGGAAAUAAAAAGAAGACAGCUAGCAGAAGCUGCUGAGAAGAGGCAGAUGGAGGCUUCCUCUCGAGGUAUUAAGAAUGCUUACUCUGUAGAGCAAAAGAAAAAGAAACAGGAAGAAAUAGAAAAAAGAAUUGCAGCUUCAGGUUCUGGAGGAGAAGGAGGACUGAGAUGGCAGGUUGGAUAAAGAAGGGUGACUUCUGAAGAGAAGAUUGAUGUUUACUGCCAAUAACUUGCCAGUUCCUGCAGCUGAGUGGCACUUACUCAUCAUGUGGCUUUUGCUGUUUGCAUAUGAAGACUCAGCAGUACUUUGCCAUUGUGGGAGAACAGAUGUGGAAACAAACACUAAGAAACUUAAGAACUAACUCUGAACACUAA